AAAAGGAAGGAAAGAUCGCGACGCGCGACGAAGACGAAGACGAAGACCCGCCCGCGAAUCGCCGAGGAGUCGGGAGUGCGCAUCCCCACGUUUGACGAAACAGAGACAGCGACAGGACGAACUGUCGGUGGAAAGCUCCGUUCCUGAAGUCACUCUGACUUCGCUCUCAGCCAUUGAUGAUGAGCUCGUCUUCGUUUUGGUAGAGAGAGAGAGAGAGAGAGUUUUAGCGCGUCUCAGCUCUCGAAUCGGGGCUCUCUCGAAUCAGCCAUGGCGGAGGGGCCUGAGUCCAGGGACGCCGCGCCUCUGUUGGAGAAGGCUUAUCACGACAACUGUCCCGGCUGCAAGGUGGACCGCCUCAAGCGGGAGCGGAGAGGGAUCCCUUACAGGGACCUCUCUUACAUUUGGAUCGUCUCUUUAUGCACUGGUCAGCCCGUGUCUCCCUCUGUCCUUCGCGUUCAGGAGCCUCGUCUUUCGAGCUUCUGCAGAGCCUGUGGAACUUGUCGUUUGGCAACUGAUUGUUACGAACUGUCGUGGCUCGCGAAACGGUUGCGUAUGCUCCCGAUCCUGCGUUGAAGGGUUGUAACUUUAGGGGGAUGUUUGACGCAAAUUUAGCUAUCGAGUUAAGCUAGUUUGCGAUAUGGUGCGUGAUGCUUUUUCGGUUUGAGUACUGCACAGUGAAAUGGAGUGCGUUCAGUUGUUCUGUCUCAUGUAUGCCCUCUGAUGAAUCUGAGCCUUAACAUACAUGACUGGGAUAAGAGGCGGCAGUGGCAAAACUAAGUUUUAAAUUUUCUUAUACCUCGUGCUUUAAUCCUCUCUGUCACUGUGGACAAGUUGGUUGUUUAUGAGUAGUCGAUCGAUGGAUUUGGGGUCGAUUCAAACUGGAGCGAGUGUUCAUGUUAGACGAUGGACGAUAUAAGAAGUUUUGACGAGGCACUUUAUUCUUUGACCAGUGUUUCAGUACUAUUUUGUUUUCUUCACCUUUAACUUGUCGGUUCUAAUGUUGUCACGUUCGAUUCUUUUUCCUGAAUUUAUGUAAAAGCACCUAUUUUUAUUUAAUUUCGAAUUUAUUAUGUAUAACUUUAUGAAUAGAUGAUGGGGGGAUCAUAGUUUCUUCUGCAGUAUUAAAUGAUAUAAUUGUGCUCUGAUAAUUCAUCUUGCUGCUUUUUUUUCAGCUCUCCCGAUCACAUCACUUUUUCCAUUUGUGUACUUCAUGGACAGUUAAUCAUGACUUCUACUGUCAGAUCAGAGACUUCCAUAUCGCAAAGAGAGAGGAAGACAUUGGUUUCUAUGCAGGAUUUGUAGGGUCUUCAUUCAUGGUGGGAAGAGCUCUGACCUCUGUUUUCUGGGGAGUAGUAGCAGAUAGAUAUGGUCGAAAACCAAUUAUUCUGAUCGGCACAUUCUCAGUGGUUGUCCUCAAUGCUCUCUUUGGCCUGAGCACCAGCUUCUGGAUGGCCCUUUGUACACGAUUUCUUCUGGGAUGCUUCAACAGUGUACUCGGUACUAUAAGGGCUUAUGCAGUAGAGAUUUGUACAGAAGAACACCGUGGUCUCACUCUAUCAGUUGUCAGUACAUCAAGAGGCAUAGGGCUCAUCAUAGGCCCUGCUAUCGGAGGUUUCUUUGCACAGCCUGCAGAAAAAUAUCCGGGUUUGUUCUCUCAAAGCUCUAUCUUUGGAAGAUAUCCCUACUUCUUGCCGUGCCUCCUAAUAUCGAUUUACGCGGCAGGAGUAUUUAUUUCUUGCUGGUGGCUACCUGAAACACUGCACAUGCAUGAAAGAACAGAUGGUAGGAGCUCGUGUGAUGAGGUGGAAGUUUCCUGUGAUUCAUCUGAUGCUACAAAACAUGACACCGAAGUUGAGGAACAGAAAACUUACGAAGAAAAUCUCCUCAAGAAUUGGCCUUUGAUGUCAACAAUCAUUGUUUAUUGUGUUUUUUCGCUUCAAGAAAUUGCUUACUCAGAGAUAUUCUCCCUGUGGGCUGUCAGUGAAAGAAAGUUUGGAGGGCUGAACUUUUCAUCUCAAGAUGUUGGUGAAGUUCUAGCUAUUUCAGGGUUUGGUCUUUUACUGUUUCAACUUCUUCUAUAUCCGCGGGUCGAGAAAAUUCUUGGGCCAAUAAUGAUCACUCGACUAUCAGCUGGCAUAUCUAUCCCAUUGCUGUCAAGUUACCCUUAUAUAGCCAUGCUUUCUGGAUUGACACUUCACAUAGCAAUAAAUUUUGCAUCCAUGUUAAGGAAUGCUCUUUCUGUAUCUGUUGUCACAGGAAUAUUCAUAUUGCUCAACAAUGCUGUGCCCCAGCACCAAAGAGGAGCUGCAAAUGGUAUUUCUAUGACUGCAAUGUCUAUAUCAAAGGCAUUUGGCCCUGCAUGCGGAGGUGCCCUGUUUUCUUGGGCCCAGAAGCGGCAAGUAGCGACCUUCCUGCCUGGUGAUCAAAUGGUCUUCUUCGUAUUGAACUUGCUUCAGAUGAUCGGGUUGAUACUCACCUUCAAGCCUUUCUUGGCCCAACCACAUGAGCGAAGAGCAGCUUCCAUUGCUUAAAGCAACAGGAGGUUCAUGUAUAUGUCUACAAGCCUACUCUUCUAUACCUUAGACUUUAGUCUAGCAGUGGGCAUCAUAGACGUGCAGGUGUAUCAUAGCAAAGCAUACAAGAUCCCAACGUGUGAAGCACUGGAAAAUGCCUAGAUAAAAUAAGAUUUACGCUUAUGCAAAUGUAUUCAUCAUACUGGACAUGUCU